AUGGAAGAUUUGGGUAAGAUCAGUGAUUUGGUAUGUAGUGGUGAUUCAGAUGAUUCAGAAAUGCUAAGCUUGUUGAAACCUUAUUAUUCACUGAAUGAAAUGGGCUCAAUGGCAAUCGGCAGUAUCGGCGCUUCGAUUAGUGGGGGAAUUGAACCGGCUGGCAACAAACAUGGUUAUAUAUCGCGACCUUUCGAGAAGUGA